AUGAGUAAGGUUACAGAUUUUCAGAGAUGGUUUCCAUCCUACAGUAGAGUGAAUGCUCACUUAAUUGGGGAUAAGCUAACAACUCCAUCUUAUAGGAUUUUGUGUAUCCCAGGUGCAGGAAGCACUGAUCAAAUAUUCGUUCAAGCCAAAGCUCCUGGAGCUAAAAAUGUUGAAAAUACACUAUUGAAAUAUGCUGAAGAGAAUAAUAUAGAAAUAUUGGCAAUGGUUCUACCUGGAAGAGCUCAAAGAAGUGGUGAAGAACAUUAUAAGAGUAUUAUUGAUGUGAUUAAUGACUUCUAUCCAGUCUUUGAAGAGCACUUUGUAAAUUCUUUAGACUCUAGCUCUGAGAUUGUCCCUUGGAUCCUAAUUAGUCAUUCAAUGGGAGGCUUGAUAGCAUUUGAACUUUUAAAAAGACUAAAAUAUCAAUAUAUAAUGUUAAAUUUUACUGGUAGUAAUAUAAAAACUACAAACGAAAGUAUAUAUUCAGUUAUGUGUGAUAGGAAUAUCUUCCCACAAAUAGUAGUGAUAAUGUCAACAGUAUCUCCAGAUACUCCAAAACAAGAGCUUCCAUGGAAUGAAAGUAAGAAUAUGAAUACAGAAGAGUUUAAGGAGGAGUGUAGAAGAUGGGGAAUAAAUAAUGAAGUAUUUCGUAAAGGGAUAUGGGAAGAAUUCGAGCCACUAUUAAGAAGUGAUUUUCACUUGUUUGAUUCCUACAAUUUAUUAGAAGUAGAUACCCAAAACUAUAGUAGUAAUGAAGCUAUUUAUAGUCUGAUGUACCCCUUAGGGGUGAGAAAAGUACAAUUAUGGUCUGCAACUGAAGACAAGCGUGCAACUAAGUCUGCAAUGUAUGGCUGGAUAAAACUUGUAGCCUGCCAUAAUGGUGAUAUCUCAGAACAUGAGAUUCAGGCUGGUCAUAAUUUUCUUCAUAAUCUUAAAACAAGAAAUAUUUUUAUGGAUUAUUUGUGUUCUGCUAUUGAUGUAUUAGUUUUAGAAAAAGAGUAUUAUUAA